AUGAAUCCUCCUCCUCCUCCUCCUCCUCCUCAUCAGCACCAUCCGCACCAUCACACCAAAUCCAUCCUUCUGAGUAGAGGUGGUCUCUUGAAUCCAUCAAACAACAACAACAACAACACUCCUCAUCAUCAUCAUACAAAAUCAAUGAAUCAUAACACAAAGCCUUUGAAAACACACGUGUCAGGAAGAGGUGGUACUACCGCCACUACCACUACGACAGGUUCUAAAAACAACCUCUCUCACAAUUCUUCUACUCCUCCUCAUCAUCAUUCAACAUCCUCGAAUAUCUUCUCCUCCUCCUCCUCAACAACAACAACAACAUUUAUUCCUCCUUCUCUUCUUCAAUACCAUCCACAAGAAUGGACCAUUCAAUAUAUGGGGUGUAUUGAGUUUGUAUUAUCCAUUCUAAAUAUUUAUCAAGUCAAUUACAAAUUACAAUUACAGGAUGUAUUGAAUCUAUUAAGAAUACCUUAUGGUAGUACCAAUAAUAUGAAUACAACAAAUAGAUCGAAUCAAUCCCACCAUGAUGAUGAACUCUUUCUUUCCCUCUAUUUAACCAUUUAUAAUAUCAUUUCCUUAUUUAAAUUUAAUCGAGUCAUGAAAAAUAAUUCUUUUCAUAUUCCUCACAUUAUUAAAUAUAUUAAUUAUGAAUUAUUGAAAAUGAAUUAUCCAAGAGCAUUGAAAUUAAUAUCUAUUCAAAAUGAUGAUCAAUUAUUGCUAUUAGAAUUAUUUAAUGCAAUGAAUUGGUUAAUUCUUUCUUAUAAUCCAAUAUUAAUCAAACAUGUCAUGAGUAGAGAUUAUUUAAAUCAGAAUUUUAUGAAUGGAGAAUUACCAAGUGAUCAUUCAUUAUAUUAUUUUUUAAAAACAAUGAAUGGACUGUCCAAUAAUAGUCAAACUAAUAGUACUAAUAAUAGUAAUAAUAAUAAUAGUGGUACUCGUAGUACUACUACUACUAAUAAUACUCAUCUUGCAUAUUCACAAUUUAAUUGUCCGUAUCAUGAAAGUGGUAUCAUGGGCACUGAUCCAAGUCAUCAUCAACAUGCAUCAUUGAUGAAUUCAUCCUCCUCCUCCUCAACAACAACAACAACAAGUCUCAUUCAUCAAUUCAUCAUUACAAUCAACAAAAUAUUCAUGGUCAUGAGUAAUAUUUAUAACAAAUCUAUUCAAUCUAAUUUAUUGAAUAUGGAAUGUGAUCGUAUUGGAUAUACACCAUUUGAACUUAAUUUAUUACUCUUAAAUGAUCAUUCCUCUCAACUCUAUCAAUUAAAUACAUUUAUUGGAUCAUUUAAUCAUUUAUUACAAUACUAUGAAAUGAUUAUUGAAUUUAAUGAAAGAAUGAACUCGAUCAUAUCCUCACACAUGGAAGAAGGAGUAAAAAUGUUCAUUCAAAAUAAUUAUACUACUACUAUUACUACUAAUAAUAGUAAUAAUAAUAGUUCGAAUACUACUACUAGUAAUAGUGAUUCGAAGGAUGAAUGUAAUGAAAACCAUCCAUUCAAAUUAUUGAACUCAUUGAAGAUUCAUCAUGAAAAUUGUAGUAGUAGUACGAGUUCGAAUGAAUCUCUUUGUGAUCUAUUUACUCGUGCUCUUGAUCAGCUUCCAAUCAUUUCCAAAGACAAGUACCAUGCUUUGAGAAAUAUUUCGAAUAGUAGUAGUAGUAGUAGUAGUGGUAGUAGUAGUAGUAGUAGUAGUGGUAGUAGUGGUAGUGGUACUACUACUAGUAAUAUUAGUAGCAGUCACACUUCUCAUCCUGUAUUCUAUCAAAUUAGAAAACAAGAGGAUCAUCCCAAGUCUCCUCACAUCAUCCGAUCAUCCUUUCUUUCCAAACAAUCCAGACAACAAUCAUCUGAUGCAACAAAUCAUCAUCACUCCUUAUUAUCACUCUAUAUGGAAAUGUUACAACAUAUUCAUGAUGACUUGUUGAAAGAUAUUUAUUCUACUACUACUACAACAACUAGUACAACUAGUACUGAACCAACCACCACCAUUACUGACCAACGCCAUGUAUGA